AUUAGUGUUCUACCGAGUAUGAGACCGGCCUCUCUGCGACACAUCUUCUUCUCGAAGCCGCCCUUGUAGUAGCUGGUGAACAUGGGGGGGACUUGGCCAGAGACGCGGCCCUCUUCUGAACCUCUCUCAGACUCCUCGUCAACACUCGAGCAGUCAGAGCAACUCCUGCCACUCCCAGACCUGCCAGAAUAAGACUCGUCAUCUCCACGAGCUUUUUGUGAGGGCUUCAGAUGCCUUUGACUUCGGCGUUUUGGUUUUGUGCUGAGUCAGCACUUUUGCUACUGCGCAUGCGCGUAUAGGUUACGACUUCUAAAUGAUGCCCACCUCAACGAUGUCUAGCGACGAGCCGUGGGAAGUUGAGCUACUGAAGCAGUUCUGCGGCUCUACCGUCUCCCUUGAAGAGUUGGGGUAUGCACGUCAGUCUGUCCUGGCAGCCUCGUGGUUCGUGUCGUCACACUCCCCCCACCCACACCCCGACGUGUGCCUGUGCGGAGAUGGACGAGUUGGGCGGAGUCUCGUGAGGCAGUGGGUGGAGUUCUACACGUCCCGGGUCCGUACCGAGUCUCAGUGGGACGCUCUGUCCAGAGACAAGCUGGCCUCUGUUCUCCAGGACUUGAACUGUCACCUGACCACUCGCAUCUUCCUGACUGGCUACAAGCUCUCACUAGCUGACAUUCUUCUCUACUACGGUCUCCACAGAUACAUGGCAGGAAUCACAUUUGGGCAGAAGGCGCAGUAUGUUCAUGUCUGCCGCUGGUUUGAUCAGGUUCAGCAUUUCACAGAGCUGAGGCCAUUCUCUCUACCAGAGGUAGUGUUCCACAAGACUCCAGACAUGCUCCGGAGACAACCAGCAACUGAGUGACGACUGAGAACUCUCCAGUAACUAGCCUCUACUCAAUCUUUCAUGAAUCAGAUACUAAGAUGUUAAAAAAUUUUCCCUUUGAAAACUGUGGGCAUCUUGCAGUGCCAGUGUAACUCUCAAUCUUUCAGAAAAACCUUUGACCUAAAGCAGACAUCCAAAGCCACCAGACGAGCAUCACAGUAGAAGACAUCAUCAGCACCCUGCAGGCUCUCAACACAGUCAAGUACUGGAAGGGACAGCACAUUGUCUGUGUCACUGGCAAAAUCAUAGAGGAGCACAUGAGGAGUGCAGAGUACAGGAAGCCUCAGCUGACAGUGGACAGGGAGUAUAUACUUGAGGUGGAACCCUCACACCAAGAGACACAGAACAAACACUCACAAGAAACACUGACUCUCAUAUUCUCUCAUCUCUCACCUUCUGUCAUUAUCAUACAUGUUGCCAGCAGUCAACUAAAAGUGGUUCAUGAAGGGGGUCACAAUACUGGCUUAGUAUCUGGUGUCAGAACUCAAGCAGCUGCAGAGCUACUCCCAGACUCACCAGAAUCAAUUUUUCACAUGCAGGGGAACCACACACAAAAUUGCACAUGUAGCUCAUAGUUAUUGAACAUAGUAUACUGGCUGUCUUACAACACAGAAUACACAAUAGACAGUGGAUGAGAAACAGACGAAAAUUAAAGUCUUA